AUGGCGGACUCCCGGGAUCUUGAACCCCCGCCACAGACCCACGUCGAGGACCCGGGGGCCCAUCAGCUUGCUGAGGCUUCAGAUUCGGAGGAUCAGUUCACGGACGCACAGUCCGCACCCACGAGCCCCGGCGUUAGCUCACCGGUCCCCAAGACACGAGUGGAACUGGUCGACAACGAACCGUCAUAUGGAGAAGUGCCCGGCACCGAGGCGUACGAGAAGAGAGAGCAAGAUGCUGAGCCAGAUGAGAUUGCCGUCGUGUCCGAAAUUGCUUCCGAGCCAACGCCCCCCACUCCUCUCGAGCCGACCGAUAUUCCUGUAACGAUGGUCGAAGAGUCCGUUGGUGACUAUCCCGGCCAAGACACGCCGCAGGAGCUGGAGAAGCAUAAAGCAGACGCUACCCCUGAUAUUAUAUUGAACCCUAAUGGCGAGUUAAGGAGUGGCAACGAAGAUGCUAUUUCUGACGUCCCUCUUUCGCCUGCUCUUUCUGCAGCCCAUUCGAGAAGAGAGUCUAUAUCAUCUCAGCCAACGGUCUUGGCCAAGCCAACAGAAGUAACUAAUACUGGUAGUGGAGGUGGCGAUGACGAUGACGGUGUGAUGGCCGAGGAAGGCGAGAAAAGAGACGAGAAGGUAGACGAGAAGGUAGACGAGAAGGUAGACGAGAAAGAAAUCGAGAAAGAAGCUGAGGAAGAAGUUGAAAAAGAAGAAGAGAUAGAGGACCAGAAAGAGGACGAGAAGGCAGACGAUUUCGGAGACGAUUUCGGAGAUGAGAAGGAAGGCGGCGAGGAUGACGAUUUUGGAGAUGACUUUGACGACUUUGAAGAGGGCGGCCACGAUGAUGACUUUGAUGACUUUGAGGCUGGUUUCCAACACGCUGAACCUACUACGACUACCACAUCGGCACCUCUCCCAGUUCAACCACAACACUCAUUACCAUUUUCGAUACCCGACUUUGAUGGGCUGAGCCCUGAUGAAGUCACUUCCGCAAUUGAACCUUGUUUACAUGACCUCUUCCCUCCCGAGGAACUCGACUUCCGGGCCUUCCCACCGAUAUCAAAAGACUCAUCAUCCAUUUUCCUCACGCCACGCUCCGCCUCUCUAUGGUCUCAGCUCGUUGCUCCCCCGCCCCUGGCACCGCCCGACUGGAUCCGUUCGCGAACCCGCCGUCUGUUUCUCGUCUCUCUCGGAGUCCCCGUGGACUUGGACGAAAUUCUUCCGGCAUCCAAGCAAAAGAAGCUUGUGUUGCCGUCGCUUAAUAUUCCUGCCGCCUCGCCUAGAGGGUCAAGUGACUUGCGCUCGGCGACCAGACUAAACCAAGGCGAUGGAAAUGCCUCAUCAACAUCAGUAGACUCGCACGGCAAACCAUUGGCGUCUAAGAGGAGGAAAGGACCGCCUCCCCCGCCAGAGUUGGACCUGGUAGUGGCAAAACAUGUCUGCCAGACGACAGACGAGGCAUUGAAUGGCAUGACUGAUGAGGAACUAAAGGGCCAUGUGGCCAAGUUGGAGGCCAUGCAGGGAGCGGCCAAGGAGAUGCUGGAUUACUGGACAAAACGGACGGAUGAAAAGAUUGGGGAUCGGGAGGCAUUUGAGGGGGUUAUAGAAAACUUGGUGGCACACGCACGUAAAGUACGAAAGUAGAGACUUGCAUGAUGAUUUAUAUAUUAUGGAUUGUCCAAUUCUUCAACACAAAAAUUGACCUAGCAGCUAUUUGUGCUUUUCUCUCUCUCUCUCUUCACCAUUAUCAUCCUGGGUAAAGAAAAAAAAAAGAACUUCUAUAGCUUUAUAGCACCAAUGAAGGGCACCUUUCCUGACGCCGCUACCUAGCCUCUGGGAAGGCGUUUCAAUCCUGCUCUGUAUGGCUCGUUUGGAACCGACUAAUCGCUGUCUCCCCUUUUCUCUCCUUCUCCUUCCCCGUUUCUUCACACCGCUGCAAGAAAAAUCGCUGGUUAGGUCGAUAAUUCUGCUGAUAUACUACAACCCGAAGCAUAAGUUUCUUUUUUCGCUCCCCACCCAAAACCCAUAAUAACACAUCGCUUCAUAGAUAAGUUUACUCUUUCCUAGCUCUAUGCUUAUGCAGAGCUGGGCUCCAGAGUAACACCA